UAACUUGCCUGGCAAAACAACCCUUCUUCGAAACUGCUUGAAUCAUAAACACACUGUCAGUGCUAAUGUCUUCACUGUUUAUCUCAGACUGCAGAACAUUCCAGGAAUUAGACAGUAAUGACCAUUAGUAUCAUGUCAACAGUCUCUGCAAUCAAAUACGCGUGAAAAACAUUCAUUAGUUUGAAAAUAUUUUUGUUCUCUAAGUACAUCAGUUAUUAUUUGAUUAGAAAUCAUUGAAACAAUAUCAUAUAUGUAAUUGUUUAAUGUUCAAAAUGAGUAUUCCUAAUCAGCCUCGAAAUUUUGCGUUUCCUAAGCGUACAUUCGGGAAGAAAAAGCCAGAACAGCGUUCAUUCCAAUCUUGUUGGUUUGAUUCCUUCACAUGGCUCCACUACGAUGAGAGCCGGGACCUUGCGUUCUGCCACCUCUGCAUGGCGGCCAAGAAGUUGGGCAAGAUCGGCAACACGAAGGUGGACGGCAGCUUCAUCAGUGAUGGCUUCUCCAAAUGGAAAGCGGGUACCGAGAAGUUCCGGAAGCACGAAAAAAGCGAGUGCCACAAGGAGGCGGUCGAGCGACUGGUGACGCUUCCCGCCACGACGCGUGACGUGGGGGAGAUGCUGUCAGCGGGGCACGCUAAGGAGAAGGCCGACAACCGGAAGCAGCUGCUGCAAAUCCUACGCAGCAUACGGUUCCUCGCACGCCAGGGCAUCGCGCUACGUGGGCACGACGACGAUGAGGGGAACUUCAUGCAGCUGCUACAACACCACGGGGAGACGGACAGCUCUAUUCUCGCGUGGCUGGAACGGAAGCGGGACAAGUUCGUCGCCCCUGAUAUCCAGAAUGAAAUACUCCAGCUCAUGGCACUGCGCAUCCUCCGUAAAGUGGCCAGCGACAUCAAGACAAACGAGUUCUACACAAUCAUGGCUGACGAGACAACAGACAAGUCCAACCGAGAACAAGUGGUGGUAGUCUUCAGACACGUGGACGAGGACUUAAAUGUGCACGAGGACUUUGUUGGGUUUCACCAAGUAAAUUCCAUUGACGCCACUACACUGACGUCGGUCAUAGAAGACACUCUUCUAAGAAUGAACCUAUCCUUGAGCCAGUGCAGAGGGCAGUGUUAUGACGGGGCCAGCAACAUGACCGGAGCGAAGCGUGGUGUGGCGACCAACAUCUUAGCAAAGGAGGAGCGAGCUGUGUUCACGCACUGCUACGGACAUGCACUCAAUCUGGCCGUUGGGGACUGUGUACGUCAGUGCAAGCUCUUGCGCGACACCAUGGAUACAGUGCAUGAAGUCUCCAAACUGAUUAAGUAUUCACCAAAGAGGGACAGUACCUUACAGACCCUGAAGGAGGAGAUGAGCCCCGAUACCCCUGGUUUCCGUGUACUGUGCCCCACGAGAUGGACAGUGCGUGCAGCAAGCCUGUGUAGUGUCUUAGACAACUACACUGUGUUACAGACCUUGUGGGACACCUGCUACGAGCAGACCAAAGACUCGGAGAUCCGUUCCAGGAUAGUAGGCGUGCGGUCCCAGAUGGAGAGCUUCGACCUCUUCUUUGGUGUCCAUCUGGGUUACAUCAUCCUGCGACAUACAGACAACUUGAGCCGCACCCUACAACAGAAGGACAUGUCCGCAUCAGAGGGUCAGGCAGUUGCUUCAAUGACGGUGGAAACAUUGACCAGCAAGCGCUCCGACGAUGCCUUCGACAAGUUUUGGGUUGACGUCAAAGCCAGCUCGAUGACGUCGACGUAG